AUGGUCCCGGGGCCCCCCAGGGUCCCGGGCUACCUAGGGUCCCGGGCCCACCAGUAUCCCAGGCUAUCCAUGGUCCCGGGCCCACCAGGAUCCCAGGCUACCCGGGGUCCAGGGCCCCCCAGGAUCCCAGGCUACUCAGGGUCCAGGGCCCCCCAGGGUCCCGGGCUACCCAGGUUCCCGGGCCCACCAGGUUCCCAGGCUAUCCAGGGUCCAGGGCCCCCCAGGAUCCCGGGCUACCCAGGAUCCCAGGCCCCCCAGGAUCCUAGGCUACCCAGGGUCCAGGGCCCCCCAGGAUCCCAGGCUACCCGGGGUCCAGGGCCCCCCAGGGUCCCGGGCUACCCAGGUUCCCCGGCCCACCAGGGUCCCAGGCUAUCCAGGGUCCGGGGCCCCCCAGGAUCCCGGGCUACCCAGGAUCCCAGGCCCCCCAGGAUCCUAGGCUACCCAGGGUCCAGGGCCCCCCAGGGUCCUGGCCUACCCAGGUUCCCGGGCCCUCCAGGGUCCCGGGGCCCCGGCGAGGCAGCCUGCAGUGGAUCGUUGGUGAUCCAGUUUCACUUUCUACAGAAACUGUGA